GUUGUCGGCUGGGAAAUGGCGGCCGCGGGCUUGGUGGCUGUGGCCGCGGCUGCGGAGUACUCGGGCCCGGUGGCGUCCGGGGGGAACCUCUCCGGUGCUAACUGUGGGCCGAGCCCUGGGCUAGGCCCAGGUCCUGGCCCGGGCUCGUGGAGCCGCUCGGUCGACCGAGCCCUGGAGGAGGCUGCGGUCACCGGGGUGCUGAGCCUGAGCGGCCGGAAACUGAGGGAGUUUCCCCGGGGAGCGGCCAGCCAUGACCUGACGGACACCACCCGGGCCGACCUGUCACGAAAUCGCCUCUCAGAAAUUCCUAUGGAAGCAUGUCACUUUGUUUCUCUGGAAAGUCUUAACCUAUACCAGAAUUGUAUUCGGUAUAUCCCAGAGGCCGUUCUCAACUUACAAGCUCUGACGUUCUUGAAUAUUAGCCGGAACCAACUGUCAACAUUGCCAGUACACUUGUGUAACCUACCAUUGAAAGUCUUAAUUGCUAGUAAUAACAAAUUGGUCUCACUUCCGGAAGAAAUUGGACAUCUCAGACAUUUGACGGAACUUGAUGUGAGCUGCAAUGAAAUUCAAACUGUACCUUCCCAAAUUGGUAAUCUGGAAGCCUUGAGAGAUUUUAAUGUAAGAAGAAAUCACCUAAUACGCUUGCCUGAAGAGCUGGCAGAGGUGCCACUGAUCCGACUAGACUUCUCGUGCAAUAAAGUCACCGCGAUCCCGGUGUGUUACCGGAACCUCAGGCACCUCCAGGUCAUCACCCUAGAAAACAACCCGCUGCAGUCACCUCCUGCGCAGAUAUGUAUAAAAGGCAAAAUCCACAUAUUUAAAUACCUGAACAUACAAGCUUGUAAGAUUGCUCCAGAUCUGCCAGAUUUUGAAAGGAGACCCUUGGGAUUUGGCUCGUGCCAUGAAGAACUGUACUCAGGUCGUCCUUACGGAGCCCUUGACUCAGGCUUCAAUAGUGUGGAUAGUGGGGAUAAGAGGUGGUCAGGAAAUGAGCCUACAGAUGAAUUUUCAGAUCUGCCUCUUCGAGUGGCGGAGAUUACUAAAGAGCAAAGACUUCGGAGAGAGAGCCAGUACCAGGAGAAUCGCAGCAGUGUGGUGGUCACAAAUGGCGGAGUGGAGCAUGAUCUGGAUCAGAUCGACUACAUUGACAGCUGUCCUACAGAAGAAGAAGAGAACGAGGUCAGACAGCCCAAAGGCUUGGACACCAACAGUCUCAGCUCACAGUUCAUGGCAUACAUUGAACACCGGCGAAUCUCCCAUGAGGGUUCACCAGUAAAGCCAAUAGCUGUUAGAGGGUUUCAGAAAACAGAAGACAUGAAAAGAUACUCACAUCAAAACAGGGUUCCAGUUGAGCCACCAUCUGUCUUAUCACUGCCACCAAGUCACAAUCGGCUUUCACAUUCAGACCUGGAGCUUCAUCAGAGGAGAGAACCGUCGGUCGAGUGCACUCGGAGAGAGGCACAGCUUGCAGCCCUGCAGUACGAGGAGGAGAAAAUGAGGACCAAGCAGAUUCAGAGAGAUGCUGUCCUGGACUUUGUCAGACAGAAAGCAUCACAAAGUCCACAGAAACAGCAACCCCCCGGAGAUGGUGAGUGUCCCUUCCCAUCCCGAAGGUCUCAGCACACUGAUGAUAGUGCCUUGUUAGUGUCGCUGUCAGGGAUGGAUCAAGUAAGCUGUGUGGCUACCCUGCCUCACUCUUCUGCCUUCACACCUCUUAAGAGUGACGACAGAGUUACCUCAAGCUUUCCUACGACAGAGACAGUCCAUCAUUCCCCUGCAUAUUCUUUUCCUGCUGCUACCCAGAGAAAUCAGUCCCAACGCCCUGAAAGCUUCCUUUUCCGAGCCGCUGUUAGGGCAGAAACUAACAAAGGUUGUGCUUCAGCUCUUCUCCUGUCUUCUGCACCUGCAGCCGAUCCCGCAGACCCUGUGACCAGACAGCGAGAAGAGGAGCUGAAGUUAAUAGACCAGCUGCGCAAACAUAUUGAGUACCGGUUAAAAGUAUCUCUGCCCUGUGAUCUUGGAGCGGCUCUAACUGAUGGUGUUGUACUUUGCCACUUAGCCAAUCAUGUUCGGCCUCGAUCUGUCCCAAGCAUUCAUGUCCCGUCUCCAGCCGUGCCUAAAUUAACAAUGGCAAAAUGCAGGAGAAAUGUGGAGAACUUCCUGGAUGCUUGCAGAAAAAUUGGUGUACCUCAGGAGCAAUUAUGUUUGCCUCUGCACAUUUUAGAAGAGAAAGGGUUGAGCCAGGUCGCGGUGACCGUCCAGGCCCUCCUGGAGCUUGCCCCACCCAAGCAGCAGCAGCAGCAGCAGCAGCAGCAGCAGCAGCAGCAGCCACCUCCACCGCCACAGCUGUCUGCUGUCUGAGGACUCCCAGGCCCUGGGUGGUGUUGGCACAGCCAACACAAGGAGCGGGAGAAUGCGAUUGUUGGCGCCGCCUGCUCAGACGGAGCCCUGUGUGUUCCUAGACGCGGUCUUCACGAUUCCUGCCAGGAAUGUUUGCUUCACUUCUCCAUUUUAGGGGAGAUUAAACCCAUUUCCACUAGUUUUUGUUUUUAAUAAGGACACAGUUUUCUUAAGUGGAACUUUCAUUACUGAGGACCCAACAUGGAAGCCUAGGCUGGCUAUGCCUUCUUCGUGGGGAGCAGGCCCAUUUUUCAUGCCAGAGCCAGCAGCUUCGAAGCCAGGUAUUCAGCUCUCUCAGAGGACAGACAUGCCAUUAUCUUUCCCAAUUCCUGGAUGUCUGCAGCUCACUGGUUUCCACAGUUGGGCUUCAUUCUCCUGGAGCAUUUGUGAAAUCCAGAUUUGCAUCAAAGUUUUGGCUGUGGCCUGGGAACCUGCAUUUUGAGCAGACAUUGUAGUUGUUCUCAGGCAGUAGAGACCACUGUUCCAAGACACAUAGUUAUGUGGUUUGAGGGUCCUGCCCCGCUGCGUUUUCAACUGCAUUUAUAUCAAAGGCUGUGUUAUGAUGACUUGGACAGUUCUGUGAAAGAAAACAAAAAUAAUAGAGAAGCCCUCGAUUCUGCACAAUAUAACAGGUAUUUAAACCAACGUCCAGGCCUCUCCCCAGCCCUGCCCACUACCACCCUAUCUUUUUCUAGAGGUUGGUUCUGUGCAUCACCCUGCUAUUUCCUAAACACAGAGACACACUCCACUCACAGUUCUGAGCUAUAAGGUAUAACGUUCUCAACAGUGUUUGCAUGUGACUCAGUGAGCCUGCUGAUCCCAGGGCACCUGAACCGGGCACGGCAGGUGCACUCCCAGCUCCCUGGGGCUCCUGGGACCCUGAAGGAGAGCCACACUCUUGCAUCCUCUCUCUCCUCCAGCUCCUCCCCCACACACCCGCUGCCUGUGCCUUACUGCACAUCUGUGAGCAGGGAACAAAAGGGCCCAGGGAUCCAACACAGCGUGGGCGUCUUUAGUUAAAUUUAAACACAGAAGUUUUCCUUCCCUAGAGUUUGCAUACUUUUUAGUUGUUAGUUGUCUCUUUGGUGUUUGGUGUGGCAAAUAGAGUAAUUUCAUAAAGCUGUUUAAUAGGGGUUUUCUGUAUAGUCUUUCACUUUUAUGGGUUUUCUUCCCAAGGCUUGCAUUUGAGAACAGUAUUGACCCUGUGCAGCAUCUAAAAGUAAUAACUUUGAUACUGGACCAUGGUUCCAUCCCCAGCACCACCUAAAAUUAGGUGCAGAGAGGCACACGAGCCUGUAAUUCCAAACAUUCCAAAAGUGGAAGCUGGGUGGU